AUGGGCUGCUGCUCCAACACGGAGCAGGUUGGUGUCAAGGACGGCGUUCCGUUGGAAGGGGUGGCACCCGCCAACUCGCGAAGAUGUCGGGACGUGCUCUGCGUGUUGCUGUUCGCGGUCUUCUGGGUCGGCAUGGUCGCCAUCGCAAUCGUCGGCUUCAUGCACGGCGAGCCCAAGCGCCUUUUGUUCGGCUCGGACUACAACGGCACCACGUGCGGCACCGGCAAGCACGAAGACCAGCCUCUGACGUUCUACCCGCGCAUCACGCAGGACUUGCUGGAGCAGGCGGCCAACCCGUCGCUAGCUCCCGAAGACUUUUCGUUCUACGGCGUCUGCGUGGCGAGCUGCCCGGACGCUGGCACGUACAUCUGCAACUACGAAGCGGAGGCCGAAAUCCAAGGCGAUUCGUCGCUAACCACCGAGGAAGACCGAGAAAAGGAGCGCAAGGCCAGAGCUACGAGUCUCACGGUGCUCCCCAGCGACCGUGAAUGCUGGUUGGUGGCUUUGCCGAGUGAACAAGUGUUCUACCGCUGUCUUCAGAUCACGGAGACCAACUCUACAUCAGUGGAGAAGUGCAUCGUCCCUGGGGACGAGCCCGAAUACUACGACGAAGUGAACGGCGUGAAGACGCCCAACGACCAGUGCGAGAUCAAGCGAGUCGUGACCACGUCAGAAGCUGUAGGGCCCGCGCAGGACAACCCGCUCUACUCCAGUCUGCAGACGGCAGGAGCGACGAUCGGACGCGUUAUCGGCGACUUGCAGGAGACGUGGCCCGUGUUCCUCCUCUGUGGAGGAGUUCUGGCGCUAGUGUUGGGCUUCGCUUUCGUGGUCUUGCUGCGGUUUUGCGCUGGCUGCAUCGUGUGGAUCACGUUGUGGAGCUUCGUGCUGCUGCUGCUACUGUUCGCGUUGAUGCUGAGCACCAAGGGAGGCAUCAUCGGCAGCUCGGAGCUUAGUGCGCUCACGUCAGAGAUCGCGUCCGCUGCAGCUGCGGCUAGCGUGGACACGUCUUCAGUGAGCGCCAGUACGAUCGUCUUACCCCAGACGCUGCAAGCCAGCCAGGACAAGCAGAAGGCGUACGCGGUGGCUGCCUAUGUGUCGUACGCCUUGGCGGGCGUUGCGCUCCUGCUCGUGUGUUUCUUCCAGAAGAAGAUCCGCAUCGCAGUCGGCAUCGUGAAGGAGGCAUCGCGCGCGCUACAGAGUCUGCCGAUGCUGGUGCUGUUCCCCAUUAUUCCGUUCGUUAUGCUGCUGCUUCUCUUCGCGUACGCCGCCAUUGUGGGCGCGUACAUCUACAGCUCGGGCGAGAUGCAGCUGUCUUCUCUGGCGGGUGAGCUCGCGGAACAAGCGGGGCAAAGUGUGAGCAGCAAUGCCACCAUGACUUUGAACACGGUGAGCCCCGACCAGACCAUGAAGAUCCUGGUGGCGUAUCACUUCUUCGGGUUCCUGUGGACGGCACAGCUCAUAAACGCCAUCAGCAUGUGCACGAUCGCUGGCGCCGUGAGUCGCUACUACUGGAGCCGCAACAAGACGAGCGACGAGAUGGGGCGCUUCCCCGUGCUCGCGUCGUUCAAGAACUGCUUCCGCUACCACUUCGGGUCGCUGGCCUUCGGCGCGUUCAUCAUCGCCGUGGUGCAGUUCGUCCGCGCCGCGCUCAUGUACUUGGACCACCAGACGCAGGAUCUGCAGAAGUCGAACGCCAUGCUCAAGGUCGUGAUGAAGGUGGUGCAGUGCUGCUUGUGGUGUCUGGAGAAGUGCCUGCGCUUCCUGUCCAAGAACGCGUACAUCCUCAUCGCCAUGAAGGGCCACAGCUUCUGCGCGUCGGCCAAGGACGCGUUCAAGAUCCUGCUGAGCAACAUCGCGCAGGUGGGCGCGGUCUCCACCGUCACCUUCCUGCUCCUGGGCGCGGGCAAAGUGGCCGUUGCGCUGAGCUGCGCCAUCGCCACGUUCGCCUACCUGGAGAAGAACAGCGACGACUACGGCGUGGGGGGCGCCCACGAGCUGUCGUCCCCGCUGGCGCCCAUCCUGCUGGCGCUGCUGCUGGGCUGGUUCGUGGCCUCCACGCUGCUCGGCGUGUACGAGAUGGCCAUCGACACGAUCCUGCUCUGCUUCUGCGAGGACAAGGAGCUCAACAAGGCGUCGGGCCAGUUCUUCAUGAGCGACUCGCUCAAGAAGUUCGUUGCCAGCGUCCCCACCAGCCACAAGCCGGGUCAAGCCGAGUCCCCGUCCUCCGCCGACGUCCAGAUCUAA